CCUCCCCAGGUGUGAAUCCUGAGACCGCCGAUUACGGCGUAUUCCUGAGACAAGCCUCCCCUCUUGGCUCUCAGUGAGUCUGAGAAAGUCCGAAAUACGUGAUCUCCAAAAUGAGGAAGGUGGCCGACUUGGAGGAUCUCCUCGGUAAUCAGCACGGCGUGCUGGUGGAGGGUCGGAGAUGAGAAAGUAAGCGCUAAGGGUACGAAGCAAGACAUCUGUCACAAUAUAGAAGGAAGGAUUCAUGCGUAUGUAUCCAUUCGACAAACACCCUCCAUGAGACAAAAGAUGCCAUCACAGUACGCCAUAGUGGCAGAGGGCCCCGGCCGGGUCCGGCUGGAGUCCAACGUCGAAAUACCUCAGCCAGGAGAAGAUGAAGUCUUAGUCAAAGUUCAUUCGAUUGCCCUCAACCCGGUGGACUGGAAGACCUUGGCCUACUCCAGUACCCCAGGGGCUAUCAGCGGGUGCGACUUUUCCGGGACUGUGGCAGGUCCUGUUGGUCCCAAAUGCAAACGAGCACUGAAUGAAGGGGAACGAGUGUGUGGAUGGAUCAUGGGUGCGAAUCCUCUCCGCCCGUCGAACGGAUCCUUUGCCGAAUACCUUGUGGCAAAGGCCGACCUGCUCUAUCGAAUCCCAGACAAUAUUUCGUUUGAGAGCGCGGCAACCAUUGGAAUCGGUGCGACAACUGGUGGGCUCUCCUUGUUCAAAACCCUCGGUCUUUCCUUUGCCGAACGCAAGGUGACGCCUUCAUCGCCGUCCGUGCUUGUGUACGGAGGAGCAUCCUCAUCAGGUGUCAUUGCCAUCCAACUUCUGCGGAUGGCUGGAUAUCGUGUCAUCGCCGUCUGUUCGCCCAAGAACUUCGGCUUAGUCAAAGAUCUCGGCGCAGAAGUGGCAUUUGAUUAUCACUCGGACACGUGCGGCAAGGAUAUACGCACGUACACGCAGGAUGAGCUUGGCUAUGCGCUAGACUGCAUCUCAAGCACGAGCAGCAUGGGUAUCUGCUACGACGCGUUGCGGAGUCAACCGGGGGCGCGGUACGUCUCGCUUGACCCAUUCCCCGACCGCGUGCAACGCCUCCGACCAGACAUCCAUGCAGAAUGGAUUCUCGCGUUCACGGUGACCGGCGAAGAGGUGGGGCUUGGUGGCGCCUUCCACCGGGAUCCAACGCCUGAGGAUUAUGAGUUCGGGGUUUCAUGGUGUCCGAAGAUUGACAGGCUGCUCGAAGAGGGUAAGCUUCAUCCGCAGCAGCCCACUAUCGUGGAAGGGGGGUUGGCCGGGGUGUCCGAUGGCCUUGAGAGGCUAAAGAGGGGCGAAGUGCAUGCGUCCAAGUUGGUAUAUGUGGUUGGACAGGGGUAA